AUGGACGACCUGGAGGCCUUGGAUCCUUCGUAUGUUGCCUCUGUGCUCUCGAACCCCCCAUUCAUCACAAUCCCCGGGGUCAUCAAUGUCCGCGAUCUGGGCGCAUACCUGUCAAACACUCAUCCGGGCAAACUAACCAAGCCCAAUCUGAUGCUCAGGUCUGCGGAAAUAUCUGGAAUAACCCCAGAAGGGAUUGAUCGAUUGCGAGAACUCGGCAUCACGAAAGUCUUUGACUUGCGCUCCGAUACCGAAAUCGAGAAAUACGAUACCCCGGUGCCGGAAAUCGAGGGAAUUGAGAUUAUACGCGCACCUGUCUUCCAGAAGGAAGACUACAGCCCGGAAAUGAUGGCCAAGAGGUACAAACUCUACGCGAGUGGUAAAACAGAGGCUCGUCCGACUGCCUUCAUGGAGUUAUACUCGCAGAUCUUAGAUCACGGAGGGGAAGCCUUCGGCGCUGUACUCAGACAUAUUCACGACAGACCAACAGAGGGCUGCCUUUUCCAUUGUACAGCAGGAAAAGAUAGAACAGGCCUUCUGGCUGCUCUCCUGUUGAAGCUUGCUGGCGUGGACAACGAAGCCAUCGCAAAGGACUAUGCACUGACCAGAGUUGGCCGUGAGCCAGCCCGCCCGAUGAUCAUGGCGAGACUCGCCAAGGAGCCCCUGUUUGCCUCUAACAACGAGGCAGCAUUGAACAUGUUCACUUGCAGACAUGACACGAUGACAUCGUUCCUCGAGUUGUUGGACAAGAACUAUGGUGGCGUAGAGGAAUAUCUAAAGAAAUACAUCAACCUCUCCGACGACGAAAUCAACAGAAUCAGAGAGAAUAUCCUAGUCCCAUCAGCUAAUCUAUAG